GGAGGCGCCAAGUUCUUCGGGAGUUUAGUUGGCUGUAGCUCAGACAGGGGCGAAGUUGUUGCUCGUCUAGGUGGCGAACCGAAGAAGUUUCCUUCAUAAACUUGACGUAGUUCAAACAAAACCAGCAUGACUUCGACGAACAUGUUUCAAGGAUUGGAUACUGGUGGAAAAACGAGUUCCAGGGUGCUGCAGCCUCCUGGCGGUGGCUCUAGCAACCUUUUUGGUGGUUAUGAAGAGGAUGUUGCACCAUCCAGACGGCCCAAUAAGAUGGCCUCUAAAGUUUUUGCCUCACCAGAGGAGCCCCAAAACACAUCGAAACGCUCCAAUCCUCCAGGUGGGAAGAGUAGCGGGAUAUUUGGCGACCCUGAGGCACCACCUCAGCCACAGAGACCCGUACCUCCAGGUGGAGCAACCAGCAACAUAUUUGGGUCUGCAGAAAGCACACCAGGUCAAAGCUCAUGCCGAAGCCACCCGAUCCAGCUGAAGGACAAUCUAGGUGUGGGACCUGAGCCUGAAUCACCAGCACCUGAAGCCAAAGUCAGCCAGCCGGAAGUGAAAGCGGAGAUCGCCUCCCCUCCUCCUGUUCCAGCUACGGAAGAGCCUCCAGCCGUCUCAGCCAGUCCAGAGCCUAAACCAGCUUCAUCACCCCCUGACAAGACAUCGCUGAAGAACCACGAGCCGCACCUGGGACCUAAGCCUCGCUCUCACAACAGAGUCUUGAAUCCCCCUGGAGGAAAGUCCAGUGUGGUUUUCUACUGAUGAUCUGAGCAGACCACUUCUCCCAGUUCUCUGUUUGCCGACCUGUUCCUUCUCUCUUAUUCCUGCUCUCCACUGAUGGUUACUCCACCUGUAUAAUACACAACCUGUCUGAAGAGGAUUUUUUGUUGAUGUUGUCCACAUCAGAUUUCUGUUUUAUUGCGUUUUCAAACUUUUUUGCACUUUUCACUCAUUCUUGUCUUUUUGUUUCUUCAAACCCUGCAAUGAUACAAUCACACACAAGUCAAUCAGCUAGCUAGGUAUUUCCCAAUCACUAUGACUGUAAGAUGUUCAAACUCAGUUGUGCGGUUACUUAUGUGGUUGUUUGUAUUUUGAAGGAAUUGUAACUGUGGGUUGGACGAAGAGUACAUUUUCAAAAUGAAAUUCAUAGUGCUAGAACUAGAAUUCUCAGCCUUAGUGGACCUAAAUUGAUAUUAUGUGUAGCUGAAAUGAUUAAUAAACUUAAGGUGCAGCCUUUCAGUCAGGAGAAAUAAAUUGAUCUUUUUACCAAAGUUUUGUGCAAACUUUUUCAAGAAAUUCAGUUUAAACCUGAUGUUUUUGACCUGUCUUUGUCUUAACAAUUUAGCAUUUCUCAUCUUUUUUGCUUUAUGUUUAUUUUUAUUUUUUAACCAUGUAGGCAACAAAUGAUCAAUGCCAUAACACAAUCUGUGGUAUGGAUGCCAAAAAAAAAUCAAGCAAAGAUGAACGCUAUGAUUGAUUUCAAAACAUUUCUGCCUCCUGAAAGUAAUCCUACUUUGAUUGUAUGUGAAUGUAUUGUGCAGGUACCUUUCUGCUCUGUCCUCGUUGCUUGCGUUAUCUGAGAACAUGCCUUUCUUUUGCCUGGGGUCAGCCUCUGUUUAUGUUUUAAAUUAAAACGGCUGAAGACAUGUGAACUAUUAAACAAGCUCACAGCUCACCUUAGUUCAGGUGGGCUCCUCUAUGGUCGCCUUUUUCAUCCACGCCAUGAAGCACAGACGAGUUAAUCUGAUGCUGGCCUGUCCCCUCUCUGUCAAUGUGCCUGGCAGCAAAUGAGUGCAGCAGAAGAAAGGAGUCCUGUGUUGAAAUAAAACUGUUUUGCAUUGAGAACUUGUUUUCUUUGCAUUCCAAGAGCAUCUCUGAAAACCUGACAAAUUAAAAGAAUCUGUUGUGCA